AUGGCAGAGUUUCAGCCCAAAAGCAUCCUCAUUUUCGGAGCAACAGGCACUAUUGGCCGAUACAUCACCAACGCCAUCGUCAAUGCUCAGCCAGGGUUCGACCAAGUCGCCAUCUUCACUUCUGAGAACACAGUGUCUAAUAAACCGGAUUUUAUCAAUGACCUCAAAUCCAAGAACGUCAAAAUCGUCAUAGGAGACGUCAGCAACGAGGAUGACGUAAAGAAGGCAUACCAAGGCGUUGACACUGUCAUCAGCGCUGUGGGAAGAAACGUCAUCGAGAAGCAAAUCGACCUUUUCAGAAUCGCUGCUCAAUCUGGUUCUGUGAAGUGGUUCUUCCCGUCUGAGUAUGGCACAGAUAUCGAGUAUGGUCCUGAGAGCGCCAAUGAGAAGCCUCACCAGCUUAAGCUCAAGGUGCGCAAGUACAUCCGGGAAAAUGCAAAUGGCCUCAAGCAUACCUUUUUGGUUACUGGUCCAUAUAUUGAUAUGUACUUUACCCUUUCACCUGAGGUUGUUGAGGCUGGAGGAUUCGAUCAUGAAAACAAAAAAGCAGUUUUGAUUGAUAAUGGCGAAGGCAAGAUCGGCUUCACCACCAUGCCCGAUGUUGGCAAAGCUGUAGUAGCAGCGCUCCGCCACCCAGCAGAGUCAUUCAACAAAGCCCUCAAAGUCCAAUCCUUUGUCGUCACUCCCAAGCAGAUCCUCAAAGAGUUUGAAAAACAAACCGGAGGUGAACCAUGGAAUGUUUCAAGCUACACGCUCGACGAGUUGAAGGAGGCUGAGAAGAAAGGAUGGGCUGAAGGGAACCCAAAGGCUGUUUCAUAUACACUUCGAAGAAUCUGGUCUGAGGGAGGUACACUGUACGAAAAGACGGAUAACGAGAGUAUUGGACUCAAGGAUGAGGAUCUGGAGACUCUUGAGGAUUCGGUGAGAAGAGGGCUUACAACUGGUUACUGA